AUGUUCUUUAAGUCAUGUGCUUUUCAUAAAUAUUCUCUCUCUCUCUCUCUCUCUCUCUCUCUCUCUCUCUCUCUCUCAUUUUCCUUGGAAAUUGCAUUAGCUAGAAAAGAUGAUAAGGAGUUUUGUCAAAGAGAUCGGGGCCUUUUCCCGGGGUUUCCCCCCCGGGGUUUUUUGGGGGGGUUUUUUUUUCCCCGGCCCGGGGGUUCCUCCCUUUCAUCCCCCCGGGCCUCCCCCGGUUUGGUAGGGUCGGGGGGUUUUUUUUCCCCCCCGGGGGCACCCGGGCCUUUUUUCCCCGGGGGCACCCCUUUUCCCCGGGGGGGGACCCCCCUUUUCCCGGGGGUUUUUCCUUUUUGGGCAUCCCCGGGGGGGGGCCCUUUUUUUUUUUUCCCCCCCUUUUUUGGGGCCCCGGGGGGAACCCAAAAGGGGGAAAACCCCCCCUUUUUUUGGGGGGCCCGGGUUUUUGGGUUCCCCCCGGGUUUUCCCUUGGUUUGGGCCGGGGGGGGCCCCCCCGGGGGGUUUGGGCCCCUUUUUGGGGUUUUUCCCCCCGGGGGCCCUUUUUUCCGGGGGACCCCCCCGGGGGCCUGGCUUUUUUUUUCCCCUUGGCAUUUUCCCGGGGGAGGGGCCCGGGGGCCCCUUUUCCCCCGGGGUUUUUUUGGGGGGGGGGGGGGGGCCCCCCCCCGGGGGGGGGCCCCCUUUUUUCCUUUUUUUUCCCCUUUUUCCUUUUUGGGCCCCCUUUUUUCCCCCGGGGCCCUUGGCCCCCUUUUUUGGGGUUUUUUGGGGGGGGGUUUGGGAAAAACCCCCUUUUUUUUAAAUUUUUUUCCCCCCGGGGUUUUCCUUUCCUUUUUUUCCCCCCUUUUUUGGGGGCCCAAACCCUUUGCAUCUGGGCACCCCCUUUUUUCCCGGGUUUGGGCCCUUUUUUUCCCCCCCUUUUCCCCCUUUUUCCCUUGGGCCCCUUUUUUUGGGGUUUUUGGGGGUUUCCCCAGGGACCCCACCCCUUUUUUCCCCCUUUUUUGGGGGGGGGGCCCCCUUUUUUUGGGGGAACCUCCCCUUUUCCCCAAAUUUUGGGCCCUACCGGGGUUUUGGGAAUUCCCGUUUUUUUUUUGGGGGGGGCCCCCUUUCCCGGGCCCUUUUUUCCCUUUUUCCCCCGGGGCCCCCGGGUUUGGCCCCCCCCCCCAAGGGGGGGCCCGGAAAAUUUUGGGGUUCCCCCUUUUUUCCCCCUUUUUUUGGGGGCCCUCCCGGGGUUUUUUCCCCGGGCCCCGGGCCCCCCGGGGUUUUGGGGGGCAUCCCGGGGGCCCCCCCUUUUUUUCCCUUUCCAAAAUUCCCCCGGUUUCCCCCCGGGGGGGCCCCCCUUGGCCCCCGUUUUUCCCCCCCCGGAAAAGGGGGGAAACCCCCGGGCCUUAUCGCCCCCGUGGUUUUUCCCCCCUUUUUCCCCCCUUUUUGGGGGCCGGGGGGCCCCCUCCCUUUCCCCCCCCCCCUUUUUGGGGGCCCUAG